AUGUCGGCCACCGGAACACGACAGAAGCUCCUGCACGAGAUGGCCACUGAUGUCCUCGUAGCCAAGAAGCUUCACGGCCAAGUAGCGGCCAUCCAAUCCGACCUGCAGUGGUUUGGAACCGCCUUGCCACACACGACGCUGGUUGCUCUUCUCGAGUUCGCCGCCGUGCCCGACAAAUGGAUUGCGUUUCUGCUAAAGUUUCUCAGGGCCCCGUUGAAUAUGGGUGACGGGAAGGGGGUUCGCGAGCGUGAACGCGGCAUCCCGAUGGCACACUCCCUCUCGCUCUUCUUCGGCGAGCUCGUCCUCGCCUUUAUGGAUCUUGCGGUCAACAAAGAGGCUGAUGGCGUGCUGUUGUACCGCCUUCACGAUGACCUGUUUCUUUGGGGCGAGCCAGAGAAGGUUGCCAAGGCGUGGCAGACAAUGCAGCGAUUCGCUGCCCUGAUGGGCCUGCAGUUUAACGCCAAGAAGACGGGAUCUGUGUACUUUGCGGCCUCGGACCAGAGGGAUCCCAAUAUCGAGGCCAUCCUGCCAGAUGGAAAGGUUAGCAUCGGCUUCUUAAAGCUAAACAAGGACGCCGAGUGGGAGGUUGAUCGCCCUGCUGUCGACGAGCACGCGUACCAGCUCUUGAAGCAGCUCAAGCAAUGCGAUUCGGUAUUCUCUUGGAUUCAGACUUGGAAUAGCUGUAUCGGGCGCUUCUUUGUCAAGUCGUUUGGCGAGCCCGCCAACGUGUUUGGUGAAGCUCACGUCGAAGAGAUCCUAGAGACGCAUCGCCACAUCCAAAGCAUUUUGUUUGCCGAUGACGGCGGCUUGCAAGGUCAGAACUACAUGGAUCAUCUGAAGAUUAUGAUUUCUAAGCGCCACGGUAUACCGAAAGACGACAUACCCGACGGGUUCCUGGCGCUGCCUGAGCAUCUUGGUGGCCUGGGUGUGACGAACCCUUUUGGGCCGUUUCUGCAUCUGUGCCAUGCAAGCGACAAGGGACCCAGCAAUUUGAUGGACGAUUACCUCUCCAAUGACGAGGCUACCUAUAAUGAGCUAAAGGAUAGCUUCAUGGCUGAGAAGCCCGUUGUUCGUCGCCAGAGACUAGACAGGAUGUUCCCCAGGGACGAGGAUGACGAGGACAACGCUGACGACAGACCCGAUCCGAAUGAGUUUAUGACAUUUGAAGAUUGGAUCAGCUACCGUGAGGCUUGCCAUGGCGAACUAGGCAGGGUAAAGCGUACUUUGCGAAGGAGAAUCGCUCCAGCUCUCAACCUUGAUGAGGAGAUCAGGAACGUCAUAGCCAAGGGAAUGGAUGGAGAUUUGGCAGCCUAUCCCGAUUCAUGGAGCCCGGAUUUGAAAUGGACAGUCAUAACACAUCAUGACGAGCUGAUGGAGAGAUUCGGUCGCCUUCAAAUCGCAGAAAGAAACUUCCUGCCACUGAGUGUGAUCAAAAUGCUGCAGGAACAGCGGGUAUCUUGGCAGAUGGCGCUGUGA